AUGACGAAAAUAAUCGAACUACGUCCAGAUAGAAAUCUUUUGAACGCGGAUUUUGAAAAGUAUCAAUUUUGCUCUGAUGAAAUACCCAUAAAGUGCGAAAAGAAACUUGAUGCUGAAAUUUUGCACGUCGAAUUGAGCUCGUCCCGAGAUUCAUGGCUGGAAGCUAAGCUGUUUGCAUUCCACAAUCAUUUAUUUAAAAAUCCAUUCGAUUCCAGUUGCUGGUUUGUCGAUACCAAUGGUGGAGUUUGGAAAUUCAUGCUAACGGGAGCAUUGGAAUUGGUGCACACUAGUAAAACCAUCGCUGCUAAAUCUGCCCAGUGUUUGUACAAUCCUUCAAUUGCAUUUGCAUCAGAGGAUAUAUUUGUCAUAAGCAAUGGAGGAGGAGCGCUGGAAUUUUUGAUAAAAAAGGACGGAUGUUUGAAAAUGUUUUUAAUGAAUGACGUUGAGCCUGCCAUCGUAUUAGAUGCAAGGUUUGUCAACGAAAAUUCAAAAAUAAUUGUUGCUCUGUAUAAAAUUGAUGAAAUCAAAGGCAAACGCUUUUCGAGACUAAUAUUUUUAACUUAUGAUUACAACGCAAACAACGAAGAUCAGUCUCAGAUUGUAAAGCUAGCUAGGAAACAGACGAUGAAAGUGAAAGGUUCCAUAGAUAUGGUUUACUUUGAAAAGAAUGGACAUUCGUGUCAUGUUAUCAGUCAAGAUUACGUUGAGUUUGACUACGAUUCUGUAAAUCCUGUUAAAACAGAUGAGAAAAAAGGAAAUGUUGAGUCGCAAAUAAAAAUUCCAAAGUACAGCUGGUCUCAAGAUGAAAACUCGAUAACGGUUUACGUUAAAACUCCAGAAAAGUACAAAAGCAUCACUACCAAAGUUGACGUUAAGCCGUUUAACGUUUCAAUAGCUGUGAGUGACAUGACUUUGCUACAUGGAGAGACUUCCUACAAACUGGAUUCAGAGUUAACAACUUGGAAACUCAAAGAUGAUACUUUAGAAGUUGAACUUUUUAAAAGCGAGAGUGGUUUGAUGUGGAGUGAAUUGUUGAAAGGUGAUACAGGUGGCGAGUACAUACCAAAUGAAACAUUAGCUGCUGAAAUUCACUCAAGAUUAGCGCAUUUAUGUUCAGAAAAUCAAGAGUCCAAUACACAAGGUCAAUCUGCCAUUGGAUUUAACUCAGAACAGUUGGAAGAUUGUGACUUUAGCGGAGCAGAAAAUAUUCUACAAAGAAUAAACAUCGACUCCCAUGAAAUCACGCAUAUGGCAAUGUUGGGCAGUAGCAACAGAGUUCUAUUCAUGGAUAAACAAUCUUCUAAUCAAGUUGUAUGCUUGAGGCAUGAUCAUGAUGGAUGUGCGUGGUUUUUAAAUGAAUGUAAUAAUGAUAAUGAGUGGAGCCACACGCAUAGCUACACUUUUCCAGGAUUUGGAUACAUUGAAGCUAGUAAAACGAAUAAACAGUUUUGUAUAUCGCCACCUGAUGGAUCUUGGAUUGCAAUAGUCGAGCACACGAGGCACGCGUUUGUAUAUGAAAAGCCAGAAAAAGGAUCAAAAGUAGGAAAACAAAGGAUAGUAGAUUUUGGAAUAGAAGUUGCUGUGUUGGGUGCCAUCAGUACAAAUAAGUAUCUAAUUAUCUUAACAAAAAAUUCACUGCAACAAUUCCAACUUUAUUCAUAACGCUGUACUUUACAUUUUUACUGUAAAUAAAGAUUCUUUUUUACAAAUUUACAUAUUUACAUUGAUACCUAUAA